AUGUCGCUGAAAGCCCGCAUCGAAGACGGCAUUGUACAUUCACCCUAUCCCGGUGGUUCUGUACCAAAGAUUUCAGUCUGUCAGGCCAUAAAAGAAAGGCUGCUUCUACAAGGUGAACGGACUGCAUUAAUCUACAAAGCAAAUAAAGUAACGAGUUCAGAGAUGCUGAAGAUGCUUCAUCAAUACGCCGCCUGUUUCCAAAGCCACGGCGUAAAGCCAGGCGACAAAGUGCUCGUACAUGUGGACGAUUCGCUGGCAAGUUUCAUUGCCAUGUACGGAGUCGUGUUUGCUGGAGGAGUCGUCAUACCAUCUGAGCUGGCAUCAGAACAAGGCGAACUGCUGAUGAAAAUAAAGGAAGGAAAGGCCAGUCACGUGCUCACCACACCCAACGAAGCCGACCUGCUGAAAGAGUUAACUCAAGACACGGAUAUUCGGGAACGCUUUGUUGUGGGUGAAAAGCUUGGAUUCACUUCGGUGACAAAUUUUAAGGACGUACCGGAGGAAAGCUUUAUUGAUCUUCCAGUGGCCGAUGUUGAAAGAGAAGUGAUCGCUCUCUGCUUUACAUCCGGCACAACGGGCCGUCCAAAGGCCGUGGAAGAAACGCACUACAGUUGUGUUGCUGGGCUCCAACUAUACAGGGCUGAGAACUACCUAUCUUAUUACCAAUUUUCAAUAAGUGUAGAAGGUUUUCGUUACCUCUAG